GUUACCCAAGCCUCUGCCCUUUACAGAUUGCUUAUGGUUUCUCUCUCUCUAUUCUGUGCAAAGCUUCACUCACAGCCCGUUCGAAAGUAACCCAUAAACCCCUUUCUCUUUCUUGCCCAUUGCACAUGCUAGAGAGAGAUAGGGGUGAAUUGUUGUUUUGGUUCCAGGUUUAUUCAAGCCCAGUUCUGAAUUCUGUAUUCUUUUCUAAAAAUUUGGAUUGUAUUACAUGUUUCUGUCAUUUUAUAUGUAAUUCAAGUAGUGGGUUUUAUAGUUUCUUUGAUAGUUUGUUCAUUACGUUCUUCAUCAACUGGAUUUAGUUAGUUGCUUCAAUUCUGUCUCUGAUUCUGCAAAAAAAAAAAAAAACAGUGUUAGACUGUUAUUUUGUAUCUCUCCCUCUUUGCCCAAUUUCACUGCCAAUUUAUUCUCUUCACUCUCUAAAAUUUCAAUAUUCAGUUUAAAACUUUCUCGGUAUCAUAAAUCUUUUCAAAAUUUGUUAACUUGGUGAAGAUUUGAGUCUUAUCAGUCAAUUAUCACAACCAGUUCUCCCAAAACAGAGUGUUAGACUGCUACUCCAUCUUGUUUCUCCAUCAAUUCACUCUCUUUACUCUCUAUAAUUUCAAAAUUCAGCCCUAAAACUUUCUGGGUAUCACAAAUCUCUGGGAAAUUUGUGAUUUUGGGAUAUUCUAGUGUUGUCAAUCAAUUAUUACAACUAAUUCUCGAAAAACAGAGUGUUUCACUGUUAAUCCCAUCUUGUACCUUGAGAAUUUUAUCAAUUCAUUCUCUUCUUUCUGAAAUUUCACUAUUCGGCUCCAAAACUUUCUGGGUAUCUUAAAUCUCUAGGAAAUUUGACGAUUUGAGUGUUGUUGAUCAAUCUGUUUCUUGAAAAAUGUUGCACACAAAGUCUGAAUCCGACAUAACUAGUCUAGCCCCAUCAUCACCAUCAAGGUCUCCAAAACGGCCAGUGUACUAUGUACAGAGCCCUUCCAGAGACUCGCAAGAUGGCGACAAGUCCUCGACGAUGCAGCCAACUCCGAAUUACAACAGUCCAAUGGAGUCUCCUUCUCACCCUUCAUUUGGCAGGCACUCUAGGAAUUCGUCGGCGAGUCGGUUUUCGGGGAUUUUUCGAUCUUCGUCGGGGGGGAAAGGUGGCCGGAAAAGGAACGAUAAGGGGUGGCCGGAGUGUAAUGUGAUUCUGGAAGAGGGGAAAUAUGAGGAGUAUGAUGAUGAUAAAAGAUUUACUAGGAGGUUUCAGGCUUUGUUGGCUCUGUUGAGUUUUGUUGUUCUGUUCACUGUGUUUUGUUUGAUUAUUUGGGGUGCUGCCAGGCCUUACAAAACUGAGGUCUCUGUCAAGAGCUUGACAGUAAAUAACAUCUAUGUCGGCGAGGGUUCUGACUCCACUGGCGUCCCAACGAAGAUGUUGACAUUGAACGGUUCACUAAGGAUUGGAGUAUACAACCCGGCUACAUUUUUUGGAAUUCAUGUGAGCUCAAUGCCUAUCAAUCUGGUCUAUUCACAGAUUAGUGUUGCAACUGGUCAGUUGAAGAAAUAUUAUCAGCCAAGAAAGAGUCACCGGAUCACGGUGGUGAUUUUAGAAGGAACUAAGGUUCCUUUGUAUGGUGCCGGAUCAAGUUUAGUACCUUCCAUCAACAAUGGUGUUCAAGUUCCGUUGAAAUUACAAUUUGAAAUCAGGUCGAGAGGCAAUGUGGUAGGAAAAUUGGUGACAACAAAGAAUCGAGUUCAAAUUUCUUGUCCCUUGGUCAUUGACUCUACGAGCACCAAACCCAUAAGUUUCAAGAAGGAUUCCUGCUUUUAUGGCUGAUGUUUGCUCGAUUACUUGAACUUUGACACCCUUCUGUGUCCUGGAAAGUUGCCUGUCCUCCAUCUCUGUCCAUCACAAAGAAAGAAGUUUCAGUUUUGAGACAUUCAGGUAAUCUAGUUGUGUGGGGAAAGGGUGGGAAAAAAACUGUAAAAGGUUUGUUUACAAAGGUUCUCUUGUAUGUUUACAUGUAUUUACAAUUGAUUUUGAUGUUUGUGUAUGCAAAGAAUAAUGUGAUUAAUUAAGAUCUGUUAUGAAUUUGUGCAACUACAGAUGAAAUUUAAGUGAAUAACGUGUUGUAUCUUUUGCCCA